AUGGGCCUGAGAUGUUUCCCUCCGGAGCACUUUGGGAAGAUCUUUGGGCUAGUGAUGGCCUUGUCAGCCAUUGUGUCUCUGCUCCAGUUCCCCAUCUUCACCUUCAUCAAGGGCCCCCUCCAGAAUGACCCGUUCUACGGCAGCUGCCGGCACUUUUACUGGGUUGAUGGCAGUGCCUGGAAGAUUUGGUACUGGGCUCUCUGCCAGCCCCUGGCCUCCGGUGGCAGCUGUGUGUCCAUGUGGAACCGAGGUGAUGUGGAAGAAGAUCUGGACCCUCCAAGGGAGAGGCCUUCUGGAUCUUCAAACUUCAUUUCCACUGAAGUGUGGGGGCUGCUGGAAUGUCUUGGCUUUGCAGGUGUCCUCUUCGGCUUGGCGUCGCUGGUGUUUGUCUUCAAGACAGAGCAUUACUUUGAGGAGCCGUGUCAACCAAAUGCCACGCUGACGGGCAAUGCCACGAGACAGACUGAUCCCCCUUUCUGGCCUCCACACUGCAAAGCCCAGGAUGAGAAGGUCUCGCUCAUCUUCACCCUGGCAUCCUUCAUGAACAACUUCAUGACGUUCCCCACCGGCUACAUCUUUGACCAUUUCAAGACCACUGUGGCCCGCCUCAUAGCCAUAUUUCUCUACACCAGUGCCACGCUCACCAUAGCCUUCACCUCUGCAGGUGAGUGCUGUCGGGGGGGGGAGGGACACAAGCUCAGGGGCACCUGCUGGCUCCUUUAUGAACAGGGCAUCAGCCUCAGGGCCUUCUUCCUCUUCUUCUCUGUCUUCAGUGUCUGGCAUGUUGGGCGCACUUUCCUCCUGCUGCCCCGGGGGCACAUCCCCUACGCGCUGCCCCACUACCGCUAUGGCCUGUGCUCUGGGAAGGACAGCAGGGAGGAGGAGAAGAAGACAGUGGAGUCCAAAGAGCUGGAGGGACAGUCGGAGUUCGUUUCGCCAAAGGAAGAGUUCCCAGAUCCAGGGCUGCAGAAGGAGCUCUGCUCUUUCUGGAGCUACGCUUUCUCUCAGCGCUUUGCCUGGCACCGGAUGUGGCUGUCUUUGAUACAAUUGUGGCAUUAUCUCUUUAUCAGUACCCUCAACUCUCUGCUCACCACCUUGGCCAAGGGAGACAGGGCACUAGACAGCAUCUACACAAAUGCCUUUGCCAUCACUCAGUUCUUUGGAGUGCUCUGUGCCCCCUGGAAUGGCCUGCUCAUGGAAAAGCUUAAACAGAGGUACCAGAAGAAAGGGAGCAAGACAGGUGAGACCUGGGCUCGGGAGCAUCAGGGAACCAGGAGAGGAGAGAUCUUCAUUUACCUGUCUGCCCAUCUUCUCUUUCGUUCUUAA